CUUCUAGGUAGCGAGCUAGUACCAUUCCUGGGAGCUUUUUCGUUCGCCCGUCGUGCUUCUAGGGUUCCCGGUCACGAAUGUGAGAUCACGGCGCGGUCGAUCGAUCAGUGGAUUCGACAAUGGGACGGUAUCGGAUCAGCUCCUUCGUGAUCACUUGGAUAAACUUGAUCACUCUGAUUGCGUCACUGGCGAUUUUGUCUUUCGGGAUUUUCCUGGCUGCCAAGCAUGGGGAUUGCGAGAAGUUUUUCACGGCUCCUGUUCUCGUCAUUGGAGCGUUCUCUUUGAUCCUCUCACUCGUUGGCUGUGUUGGAGCUUGGAGGGACAACGUUUGCCUCUUGUGGACUUACCUGACUGUUUUGUUCCUCCUGAUCGCUGGAGUUGCCGUUUUCACUGUUUUUGCGUUCGUUGUGACAAGCAAAGGCGCUGGACAUGCUAUCAGUGGUCAAGCAUUCAAGGAGUACAGGCUCGGAGACUAUUCCCACUGGAUCCAGAAACAGACAAAUGACCCGGCGAGGUGGAAGCAUCUCAAGAGCUGUUUUGUGCAAACUAGCUUAUGCAACGAGCUCCCCAAGAAGUAUCAUACCAUCAGGAGCAUGAGGAACGGCAAGCUGAGCUCGAUCGAGUCAGGCUGCUGCAGGCCACCAUCUGAGUGUGGCUUUGCGAUGAAGAACUCAACGUUCUACGACCUCACAUCUCGGAUACGAAGCUCGAACAAGGACUGCAGAACGUAUAAGAACGACCGCGAGACCAAAUGCUACAACUGCGAUUCUUGCAAAGCUGGAGUGGCGGAGUACUUAAAGAAGAAAUGGCGCCGCAUGUCAACCUUCAACGUUGUCCUCUUCGUCAUCCUGAUUGUCGUCUACUCGGUUGGCUGCUGCGCCAGGCGUAGCGCAUCCCGAUCGCAGUACUACAAAAUCUACUAGCGCAGGAAGAUCGCUCGGGCCUUCGGGCCGAAGGAAGGCUGUGAAAAUUUCGUUGCAAAAACAGGAGAUCGCGUCUCCCAGGUUCGCUGCGAGCCACCAUUUUAGAUGAAGUUUUCUUUUGAUCCA